GCCCUUGCUAGCGAGAUCGCUGCUGCUGUAAAUUCGUUUUUUCCACUGCUCGUCGGCAAUUCCUUUUCUUCUUUCUCGCGACAUUGUCUUUGCCCCUCACUUUUGCCAACGUCCUUUGUCGCGUGUGCCUUGUCUCAGGGCUUGGUGUGACUCUCACCUCUCGCUCUUUUUGGAUCGCCCAACUUUUUUCCUUUUUUCUUCUUCUUUGUCUCCGAAAGGCUUCUACCGCAGAGCCUCAUUCCCUCCCGCAUACAAACUGCGCUCUGUCGUCAUCAUGUCUGACCACCACAACCACCAACCCGACUUGGAGAAGCAGCAGGCCACAAUGCCCAAGACGCUCGACAACGAAUCGGCCUCGUCUGCUGCCCCUGCUACAUAUACGGCCGACACCGGCAAGACUACCGAUGCGGAUCGCGUGGGAGAAAUCCAACGCGCAAAUCCGGUGCUUCGCGCGCUCGCCAACUUUGAGAAGCGCCUUGAUAGUCUCAAUGGCUUCGAGGCGCAGGGUGUCGAGCGAGUGCCCGAGGACCAGCGCAAGCCGCCGCAAAUCCUAAACAUCAUGUUUCUUUGGUUCUCCGUCCUCUUCAAUGCGACCUUUAUCCCCAUCGGCAUGCUCGGUCCCAUCUUUGGCCUCUCCGUACAUACCAGCAUUAUCCUAACCGUCUUUGCUAUCCUCGUCGGUUCGACCAUGCCGGCCUUUGCCGGAACACUGAGCCCGCAGACCGGGUUGCGCCAGCUUGCUCUCAUCCGAUACUCCAUGGGUCUCUGGGGCGCCGCCAUUUGCUCCGUUCUCAACGUCGUCAUUAAUGUCGGAUAUGCCACUGUUGCCGCCAUUGUGGGUGGCCAGCUGCUGCGUGCUGUUUCUGGCGGCGGUAUGAGUCUGGUUGUUGGUAUUUUGGUCGUUGUCAUCUUGACCUUUGUCAUCUCCUUCUUUGGUUACGGCAUCAUCCACCACUACCACCGCUACGCCUGGCUGGUAGCCAUCGUCUUGCUCUCUGUGCUUUGGGGCCAAGCUUACCCGCACUUUUCACCGACACCUGAACUCAACCUUGCCGCUGGUAUCGAUUAUACCGGGGCCUGUCUCUCAUACUUUGCCAUCAUCUUUGGCGUGUGCUGCUCGUGGUGCCCCAUUGCAGGCGACUACUAUAUCCACUAUCCUGUCAACACAAGCAAGUGGCUCAUCUUUGGACUGACAUAUGCUGGUAUUGUGAUUCCUAGCAUUUUCGUGUGUGUCUUGGGCAACUACUUUGGUGGCAUCAUCUUGACACAUGCAGAGCUUAGCGAGGUGUAUCACAGCGGCGGCGUGGGCGGCCUGAUUCUCGCCAUUUUAUCACCUCCAGUCUGGGGCAAGAUUGCCUCUGUUCUAUUUGUCCUGACAUUCUUGGCCGACUGCACUUGCAACGUCUACUCGUCCGCUCUCUCGAUCCAGCUCCUCGGCAAGCACUUCAUCGCCGUCCCUAGAUUCUUUUGGUGCACGCUUAUCUGCAUCGUUGCUUUUGCCCUUGCCUACGGUGGCCGCAACGUUUUGGAAAGCAUCCUAGAGAACCUUUUGUCCAUUCUUGGCUACUGGACGUUGGCCUUUGCCGAGAUUUUGUUCAUUGAGCACUUUUUGUUCCGACCUCGCCUGGGUGGCUACGAUCUCGACGCCUGGCAGGAUCCCAAGAAGCUGCCCGUGGGAAUUGCUGGCACUCUGUCUUUGCUGAUUGGCAUUGGCUUUUCAUUCCUGGGAAUGUCCCAAACUUGGUACAUCUCUCCGAUAGCAAAGCGAAUUGGAGCAUAUGGUGGCGAUGUCGGCGACGAGCUAGUGCUUGUAUCUGUAGCCAUUGCGUUCCCUAUCCUACGCCACGUUGAGAUUAAGCACUUUGGCCGAUAAGAGCGGCCAAGACAGUUCUACGGUUUAUGAUUGCAUUGUAUGAUAUAGAUAAUAAUUACUAAAAAUGGGGUAUUGGGAGGAUUGGGGACUGUACAUGUAACAUAUCUAGCAUAUACCUUUUCGAAUAUAUUUCCAUCGCAUUUUUGGUUUCUAUGUUGGGUGAUGAGAGAUGAGCUUCCAAAUAUAAGCCAGGUCGUACUGUCUUGCUUGCUCCCCAGGCUUAGCCACUUCAUGGGUUAGUUAGUUAGUUAAUGACGCGGUCAAACACUUGUCCAUACGAAUCCCAUGGCAUGUGCUGCGUACGAUUUUUCCGAAAACGACAGCCUUGUAAUCUUAAAAAAUCCUGCAAGGCAUAGCUAUCGAGCUCACAGCCACAGCAGGCAAAUAAAAGCUUAUGCCUCUGGGGCAAUCCCAAGGUUCUGAGGCGAUGACGGCAUGGCGCCGUAGCCGCACCGCAGUGGGCGAUCCGCGGGUGGACGGGUUAUGCUGGGACGGGGCGCGGCGGCUAAAAAGGCUAAACUCAAACGUUGGGCUGCGGCGCAGCAGCUUGAGGCGGGAAUUUGGGAUGCCUCGCUUCGGAGACGAAUUCCGACUCCGGCUUCGCGUAGGCUAAAUUUUGGUUUUUAAAAUUAGGCGGGCGUGAUGCAGUGCUUGUGCGCCUAUGUUUUGGGAUUUUAUUUCGAGCGAGGCAUUGCUCUUGGGGGGAAGAGGAACGUGCGUGACUACGAAGUGCUCCUGCAAAGGAGUGUAUCAGACCAACUGACUUGGCAGCGUGAGGCUCAGCGAGACCCCUUCUGACUGGGUUGAUGAAAGGGCAGACUAGCGUUACGACUGCUGCUUGCGCUUGUGAUGACGAAAGCAGACUGACGCACGACUGACUGUUUAAGUAAGAGAGUUUGAUUCUUUUUUAAAAAAUAUAGUCAAACACGGGGCGAUGCAAAAAGAAGGAGGCUUAGCAACAAACAGACAGACGCUGACUGAACUCCGUGUGAUAGUCAUUACAGUCGAUGUAAGCAAGCAAGCAUCUUGUAAGUAACGCCGGACGGAAAUGGAACUAGAUUUGGAAGCGAAGAAAUAAAAAAGGCAAGAUAGCAUUUGCCCAGUAACAGCCACAGUAGGUCACUAUAGAAGAAGAAAAAAAUGCAAAUACCUCGCCUGCUUCACCUUGUCAAGCUGGAUGCGGAGGGGAAGCAAG